AUUUCAUACCAAACCAAGAAAGGAAAACGAAUAAUACCGAACGUGCUCUCUUUUCUCGAUCUAUUCUUGGUAUUUUGUUGUAAUUUGUUAUCAAAAGCUUUGAAAAUUUAUCGUCUUCAUUUUCUGCAGCCAGUAGCUGUCGUUUUGCGAUGGAUUCCAGCGGAGAUCGGAUAGAAAAGUUGUACAAAAACUAUGAAAUAUUAACCGACGCUAAGGAUAAGAUCGGUGAGCACGAACUUGAGUACAGGGAAAUAUUAGACGCCGUCAAAGGGUCGGCUAAAGAAAAACGGUUAGCAUCACAGUUUAUCGGAAAAUUUUUCAAGCACUUUCCUAGCCUUGCCGAACUAGCCAUCGAUCGGCAGCUAGACUUAUGUGAGGACGAGGAUGCACAGAUUCGCAAGCAAGCAAUCAAGGAUCUACCACAGCUAUGUAAAGAAUCCAAAGAACAUACGCCUAAAAUUGGAGAUAUUCUCGCUCAACUGCUGAUUACGGAAGAUGUCACGGAGCUGCAACAAGUGCACCUAUCCUUACUAACAUUGGCAAAGUUCAAUGCCAUCGGCACUCUCACCGGGAUUUUUAGCCAGAUUGUAUCGGGAGACGAACCGACUCGCUAUCGUAACUUUCAAUUUAUUUUGAACAAAUUGAUGAAAAUCGGACCGGAAGUUAUUACAAACGAGGUCGAAGAUUUUGUUAUUGCGGAAAUUAAGAAAAUACUUUUGGAUGUCAGCGCUGACGAGUUCCAUCUAUGUAUGUCCAUUUUGAACCAAACCAAGCUAAGUAAGACUGUCACUGGCCAUGCUGAGCUGGUGGCGAUUGCUACGGAGCAAGCCGACUUGGAUGCGGAUUUGGGGGCGCUAGCAUCCGACGAUGAAACUGUGGAACGAUUCAUCCAAUGCGCCAGUGAAGCUUUGCCGUAUUUUUCAUCACAGGUUGAAUCGACGCAGUUCAUCAAGUUUAUGUGCGAAAAGCUGCUGCCAUUGAACGUGUGGAAUCUGAUUGGUGCUGGCGAAGAACAGCAUACAACCCAAUUGCGGCUGCUGAAGGUGUUCGCCGAGAUGUGCGCUUUUUGCGGUUCGUUGGAAAAACCCGCGGAGAAAGUGGAAGCAAUCUACAAUGUACUACUGGAAUUUAUGCCACUUCCGCCGUUGGAUGCCGAUAUGAAUGAAACACCCUCGUUCCAGUUCUCGCACGCCGAGUGUCUGUUGUAUGCCCUACACAUACUGGGUAAGCAAGCCGUCGAAUAUCUUUCAUUUCCGAAUGAACCUGGAAAACUAAAGGACUUUCGUUCGAGAUUGCAGUAUUUAGCACGCGGAACGCAAGGUUACAUCAAAAAACUCCAAGAGGCUGUUAAAGGGAAGCCUACCGAUGAAAAAAACUCCGAUGAAAACCAAAUUAGGGUUACGGCGUUGAAAACCACUUCCAACAUAAGUACUUUAAUUCGGGACCUGUUUCACACUCCACCGAGUUUCAAAUCAAUUAUACAUCUAUCCUGGGUUGCACUCAAUACUAAAACAGACGGCAAAUCUCCCAACAAACGACACGCGGCAAUAACAUUCGGCGAGAAUGGCAAGUCCAACGAUUCUAGAGGACCUAAGCAUUCGAAGAGCAGCUCAGGAACGCAGAAAGUGUACACUCCUCCAUCGGGCAAAUAUUCUGCGAAGGUGCAAAAUUAUGUUCCAAAAAACGGCGGAAGUAAUGGUGGUAGCAGCAGCGGAAACGGUGCGCGUCGUUCGGCUGGCGGAAGCGGAUUCCGUCGAAAUAAUUAUGGUGGGCGAGGAGGUGGUGGAGGUGGCAGUAGAAGGCGAUAUUAAACGGACGCUGGCGAUUUUUACAAAGGGUGAGAUUGAACGGAAUCGAACAGAAUACGAAUUUUAACCAUCCUCUCAUUAAUAUCAAUUUUUGGAAAAUGGGCUGGGGUGAAAUCUUUUGCAUUGAUUUUUAUUUUAAUUUAUGAAUUUACGCUGUUGCGUAUACAAAACGGACGCGUUGGAGGAGCAUCAUCAAGCAACGUUUGGAAGCAGUCAUGGCACGCCGUUCAAUGGAAUCAACAUGAUGUACAUUAUAUUUUUUUCUUUCAGGUUUGUGCAUAAGACCCCAAAGAUUCUUUUUCUUGGUACACUUUAUUAUUUUGUGAAGGUCUUUUUUAUCCAUCAACCACCUACCCAUUGUUAAACCUGAUUUUACUAGGUUGCAGUGGAAUGUAAAUCAUCAAAUCAUCUAUUUUCUGAUCAAUUUAAAAGGCUAUAUAUUCGUACUUCUGUUCGAACCGCUCGAAAGGUAUUUUGAAAGAAAAAAAAUCGACGUUGGAACCUUGUCAUCGUGGGACAAAUAAUUCACACUCAAAUCACGUAAUUUAUAAUGAUUCUCUUCGGCUCUGAAAAGAAGUUAUUUAUCAAUACAUGGCAUGAUGAGCGACAAACUGCAAUUACGAAAAGCAAAAUAAUAUGUGAGUAACAGUACCCAGUGGAAUUAUCGUUUGUCGAACGACUCAAAUCUGUUCAUUGUAAGGAACCAACGACGGGGUUUCCUGAGGGUGUACUUACCACUCAAAUAUGUAGUGAUACGAACAAGCUUCAGACGGUAUUUUUGCGACUCUUUCAAAUAACAUAGAAUCGUUGAACAAGUUGAAAUUCGUUAAAGAUGUGUAAAUCUAUCUUGUACGAUUGGCCGAUAAGCUGAAUGUUCGGCUGUUCGUAGUUGCGUAAAUUUUGCACAUAUUUUAUUAUAAUUAAUAAUCUCUUCGAUAGAACACAUCUAAUAAUCAGUAAUCAAUAAACUUUCUAGUAAGUAAAUUA